GGCUUAUAAAGAGGAUAAAUGCACUGCUACAGCUUUCUUUGAGCGUUAUUUGAUACCAUUGUUCUAUUUGACAGGUGGAAUAACUUCGCGUUCAGGUCUUUCCUCUUCCAACCACUCGAAACGAGAAUACUCCCAAAAUGUUUAGAAAUCAGUAUGACGGUGACGCUACGACUUGGAGUCCUCAGGGACGUCUCCAUCAAGUUGAAUACGCCCUUGAAGCCAUUAAGCAGGGUUCCGCUGCUGUCGGCGUUGUUUCCAACACACAUACCGUGCUUGUUGCGUUAAAGAGAAAUGCUGAAGAACUCAGCAGCUACCAAAAGAAGAUUGUACGCAUUGAUGAUCAUGUUGGAGUUGCCAUUGCUGGUCUGGCCCCCGAUGCCCGUGUUUUAAGUAACUUCAUGAGACAACAAGCACUCGCCUCAAAAAUGACUUUCAACCGUCCUAUUCCCAUUAAGAGACUUGUCAACAUGAUUGCUGAAAGAGCUCAAUUAAAUACGCAAGAAUACGGAAAGCGGCCUUACGGUGUUGGCAUGCUUGUUGGCGGCUGUGAUGAAACAGGUCCUCAUUUGUACGAAUUCCUGCCUUCAGGAAUGGUGCUCGAGUAUUUGGGAACAAGUAUGGGUGCUCGUUCCCAGUCGGCUCGUACCUAUUUGGAACGCAAUCUUCAAUCCUUCCCUGCGGCCACCCGUGAAGAACUGGUACUCUAUGCCCUUCGUGCGUUGCGCGAUACUCUUCCCCAAGACCACGAAUUAACUCGGCAAAAUGUAUCAAUCUGUGUGGUUGGCAAGGACGAAAAAUUUGUGCUUUAUGAUGACGAUGAAGAAACUGUCCAAUGGCUUGAGAAGCUUGGCGACACAAGUCCUGCGGCUGCCCGUUCUACGGCGGCAGCAGCAGCAGCAGCAGCUACGGCCACUGCUGCUGCUACUUCUCAGGAACAACAACCUGAACAAGCUACUGAAGAGAGCAAUCCUGAUGCCAUGGAUACGAACUAGAAAUGUGUGAUGAUUGUGUAGAGUUUCACGACAAGCUGCAUUUUGAGCGAAGGGAAUUUGAUGCGUACUUUGCUUAAAUAUCCGUCGGUCUGUUUACAAAAAAGUGCACGAAUUACUGCACAAAGAUUUAAUUGAAAACUACUUCAUGAUAUCCCAGUUUCUUUGCUACUAAGUUUACUUAAGAACUUUUCAAGACUUGGCAUUUUUCUCUUUGGGGGGGGGACUGCAACAAGCGUCGCAUUCUCUGAAGAAUGAAUCGCUCGAAGCAUGCGUACUGACUUGUUGACAUUCUUUGCUAGCAGUGAUAUCAACAAUACUAUGCCCUUUGGUCAAAACGUGCUUGUUUUGUUUACUCUUCUCACCCUCAUUUUACCAGCCCACCCAUCCCCUUUGUCGUCGGGUUCGGUCCGUUUGCUGAUAGGAGAGUCGAAUAGCAUUCCUCUCUCCACUGCUUCUCGUCUACCUUUUAGGUUAAAGCAGAGCAUGGCCAAUGUGGUACGGGCCCUUUUAGAAGGUUUUUAUGGUAUGUGUUGACAUCAUUCAAUGUUAGAGAAUAUCGUUUUGCCUAACCUGCUCUGACAAGUUGUGCUGGAUCUUCCUGCUUUCAUAGUACUUGUCGUCUCUGGUAUCUACACGCUGCUAGCACUGUUCAUAUCCGUCUUCGUGGAAUUUGUUGCUACCUUCUUCUCUUCCGGCAUUGACAACCGCUAACUUAGCGCACGAUUUUCGCUGUUAUCUUAUUCAGGGAACCAAAUGUCAGACAUGAGGUGCCAACAACGGCUAGUGGAAACAUGUAUUUAAGUUGUAUACGUAUUUUACCACUUUGACGAGGGAUCUGUUCUACGUUUAUGAACUUUUUUAGAAAGAAAAUUUGGCAGAUUAUGAAGCUGAUUGAGAGUAUUGUGCGAAAAAAUGUUAACUGUAAGCGAC